AUGCCUUGCCCAUCGAAAUUGGACGACUUGGUUUUCUUUGUGAAUGGGAGAAAGGUAAGUGAUAGGAAUGUGGACCCAGAAGUCACUCUGCUGACCUUCCUACGAAAGAACUUAUGCCUCACAGGAACCAAGUACGCCUGUGGAGGAGGAGGGUGUGGGGCCUGCACUGUGAUGGUGUCGAAGCGUGACCCUCUGUCCGCGAAGAUCAGACACUUCUCCAUUACUGCGUGCCUGGUGCCCAUCUGCUCUCUGUACAGGGCUGCUGUCACCACCAUGGAAGGUGUUGGAAGCAUCAACACCAGACUUCACCCAGUGCAGGAGAGGAUCGCCAAGAGCCACGGCACCCAGCGUGGGUUCUGCACCCCUGGGAUGGUGAUGUCCAUGUACACGCUGCUUAGGAACCACCCGCAGCCCUCAGAGGAACAGCUCGUGGAAGCCCUGGGAGGUAAUCUGUGCCGCUGCACCGGGUAUCGGCCAAUUCUCACGAGUGGAAGGACCUUCUGUGUGUUAGGAAGAUGGCAACCUGAGGCAUUUGGGCAGAGAACUGGGGUAUCGAAAGAAAGUAUUUUACUAGAUACUGAGGAGAAAUUAUUUAAGGAAGAAGACACAAGAGGACCUGCAAUGAAAUAUCAAGGACACUUUCACCCAAUUCUCCUCUCUCCUGCUAGGAUUUCUGAGCUCAGUAUGGUAUCCAAAUCAAGGGAUGGACUGACAAUAGGUGCUGGCUGCAGUCGCCAAGUAAAAGACAUUUUGGCUGAGCGAGUUUCCGAGCUUCCAGAGGAGAAAACUCAGACAUACCGAGCCCUCCUGAAGCACCUGAAGAGUCUGGCAUGCCAGCAGAUCCGGAAUAUGGCAUCCUUAGGGGGACAUAUUAUAAGCUGGCACUGCUAUUCGGAUCUGAAUCCAAUUUUGGCUGUGGGCAACGCUACCCUCAAUCUGCUCUCAGAAGAAGGUACGCGCCAGAUUCCUCUAAACGAACAUUUUCUUGCCGGGUUGGCAAGUGCAGACCUUAAGCCAGAGGAAAUUUUGGAAUCUGUGUACAUCCCUCACUCUCAAAAGUGGGAAUUUGUGUCAGCCUUCCGACAGGCUCAGGGCCAGCACAAUGCCUUGGCCGACGUGAGUGCUGGCAUGUGGGUCCUCCUCAAGGAAGGCACAGACACCACUGAGGACCUGAGCGUCUCCUACGGAGGGGUUGGGGCCGCCACGGUCAGCGCACAGAAAUCCUGCCAGCAGCUUGUGGGGAGGCCCUGGAAUGAGCUGACGCUAGAGGAAGCUUGCAGGCUGCUUCUGGAAGAAGUCUCCCUCCCAGGCUGGGCUCCAGGGGGGAAAGUGGAAUUCAAGAGGACUCUGGUGGUCAGUUUCUUCUCCAAAUUCCUGGAAGUUCUGCAGGAACUGAAGAAGCUAGGAAAGCUGAUGCCUGUAACCACCGACAGCCAUCAUUAUCCUGAAAUUUCAGACCAAUUCCUAAGUGCUCUAGAAGAUUUCCCUGUCACAGGACCCCAGGGAGUCCAAAGGUACCAGAGUGUGGAUUCUCACCAAUCCCUCCAAGACCCAGUUGGACGUCCCAUCAUGCACCUAUCAGGUCUUAAACAUGCUACAGGUGAAGCCAUAUUUUGUGAUGACAUUCCAAUGGUGGAUAGAGAACUUUUCAUGGUGUUGGUGACCAGUACCAGAGCCCAUGCAAAAAUCAUAUCAGUUGAUUGGUCUGAGGCCCUUGAACUACCUGGGGUGGUUGAGGUGAUAACAGCUGAGGACAUUCCAGGCACCAGUGGGACUGAGGAUGACAAGCUGAUGACUGUAGAUGAGGUGCUUUGCAUGGGCCACAUCAUCUGUGCUGUGGUUGCAGAGACAGAUGUACAGGCAAAGAGUGCAACUGAAAAGAUAAAGAUCACCUAUGAAGAUCUGGAGCCAGUAAUCUUGACCAUCAAC